CUGCCAUUUUCAUGUUCGGAAUGUGGGAAAUGUUUUAAGCAGAAAUCAAGUUUUUUUGUACAUCAGAGAAUUCACACUGGGGAGAAGCGAUUUUCUUGCUCAGAAUGUGGGAAAUGUUUUGACCGCAAAUCAGCUCUUGAUAGCCAUCAGAGAAUUCACACAGGAGUGAAGCCAUUUUCAUGUUCGGAAUGUGGGAAAUGUUUUAACCAGAAAUACAUUCUUGUUGCACAUCAAAGAAGUCACACAGGAGAGAAACCAUUUUCUUGUUCAGAAUGUGCGAAAUGUUUUGACCGCAAAUCAGCUCUUGAUGUCCAUAAGAGAAUUCACACUGAAAAGAAGCCAUUAUCAUGUUCAGAAUGUGGUAAAUGUUUUCACCAUAAUUCAUCUCUUCUUAAACAUCAGAGAAUUCACACAGGAGAGAAACCAUUUUCAUGUUCCGAAUGUGGGAAAUGUUUUCACUGUAAUUCAUCUCUUCGUAAACAUAAGAGAAUUCACACAGGAGAGAAGCCAUUUUCAUGUCCAGAAUGCGGGAAAUGUUUUAACGAUAAAUCACGUCUUAAUAUACAUCAGAAAAUUCACAAAGCAGAGAAGCCAUUUUCAUGUUCGGAAUGUGGAAAAUGUUUUAAGCAUAAAUUUGUUCUUGUUGGACAUCAGAAACUUCACACAGGAGAGAAGCCAUUUUCAUGUUCAGAAUGUGGGAAAUGUUAUAGCACUAAAACACGUCUUAAUCUACAUCAGAGAAUUCACACAGGAGAGAAACCAUUUUCAUGUUCUGAAUGUGGUAAAUGUUUUAACCGUAAAUCCGUUCUUGUUACACAUCAGAAAAUUCAUACUGGGGAGAAGCCAUUUUCAUGUUUAGAAUGUGGGAAAUGUUAUAGCACUAAAUCGCGUCUUAAUCUACAUCAGAGAAAUCACACAGAGGAGAAGCCAUUUUCAUGUUCUGAAUGUGGGAAAUGUUUUAUUGAGAAAACAUCUCUUGUUAUACAUCAGAGGGAUCACACAGAGGAGAAGCUAUUUUCAUGUUCGGAAUGUGAGAAAUGUUUUAAGCAGAAAGGAGCUCUUGUUGUACAUCAGAGAGUUCACUCAGGAGAGAGGCCAUUUUCUUGUUCAGAAUGUGGGAAAUGUUUUAAGCAGAAAGGAGCUCUUGUUGUACAUCAGAGAGUUCACUCAGGAGAGAGGCCAUUUUCAUGUUCAGAAUGUGGGAAAUGUUUUACGCAGAAAUCAGGUCUUGUUGCACAUCAAACUACUCACACGGGAGAGAAGCCAUCUUCAUUCUUAGCCAGUUAGUUACCACCCUUACGUGUUUUUAUGGUAGUCAGUGUCGUUGGCUUUAUUCCAUCAGAUACUCCUUUUUACAGAGAGAUAAAACAGCACCUUGCUUUGAGUUACCAGAGGUAGCUGCAGGGCUAUUCUGCAGUAGCUUUAGCCCAAAGGUUUGUGCUGGAAGUACAAAGAUCUGCUCACUAUGUAGAGGAUGGGGAUGGUUAUUGCACCACUUUCUCCUAUUCGAGCAGCACUUCAGUAAUCGGCUCCAUUCACUACAGAAGGUCCUGGAGAUGCUAAAUGCUAGAUUGUAGAUGUUUGACGUAUUUCAUAUAUGUAAUAAAGGCCUCGAAUGUCAGUAUUUGUUAAAAUGUAUGAUUACUUGAUUCUUUUACACUAUAGUUUUUAGUUUUCACUCACUGUGUCCCCACUGAGGUGUUGUGACUGGAGUUGGGGGAUCACCUGGAAAUGAAUUAUCGGUUGGGCUGUCCUCUACUGUGAGGUACAGGCUUACGUUCUACUUGCAGGCUCUCUGUGAACCUCUGUCUAUUCUGCACAUGUGUCUCUUCACGGCUUAUGAUAUAUGGGAUGGCAAUCCACUAUUAUGUAGU